AUGAAUAAUUUUUUAUUUCUUUUUUUUUUUUGUGUUUUUUCAAUCCAGCCGUGUUGCAUUUCUCUUAAUUUUUCCAGAUAUGUGGAAAGUUCGUUCUGGAAUUUUGAUGCCCUUUUCCAACCUCAGCAACACCCGGCUCGCGAUGCUCACGAUACAUUUUUUGUAUCGGAUCCGGAAAAAAGUUUUGACUUUCCGCAAGAUUAUUUGCUGCUAGUCAAAAAGGUUCAUUCCGAAGGUGGAUAUGGUUCGAAAGGUUACAAUUAUGACUGGAAAUUGGAAGAAGCGCAGAAAAAUGUUUUGAGAACGCAUACAACAGCGGUGAGUGCUCGACAAUUGUAUAAACUUGCGCAAGAGGUGGAAGGAAUCUCGAAUCUUCGAUUCAAACCAACAUAUAAUCCAUACACGGAACCAUCGAUGGAAAUAUUUGCUUUCCAUCAGGGACUCGAUAAAUGGGUUGAAAUUGGAAAUUCGGGAAUGUUCCGCCCGGAAAUGCUGCUACCAAUGGGACUACCUGCAGAUGUGAAUGUUGCCGGUUAUGGAUUAUCCUUGGAAAGUAAUAUAUGCAUCGAGCAGAAAACAAUUUUCAGACCAACAAUGAUUCGAUAUGGAUUCAAUAACAUACGAGACCUGUUUGGCCCAAAAGUCGAUUUACGAAUGAUUUACGAAAGUCCGAUUUGUCGUCUGGAGAAAAGCUGAAG